UCAGAGCCAGUGCAGCCUUCAGCCUACGUGCUGAAAUAUUCAAACACCCCAUUGGCUGAUACGUAUCGAUUCCCCGGAAUGCACAGCCAUGCAACGGCUUUCAAUCAACAUGGCCAGAAGACGCUAUGGCCAGGAUUACACGGUCAAGAUAUUCCCUCCCAAUUCCACCUUUGGCCAUUCGUUGCGCCUUGGGAUUUUAUGCAAUACCCGGUUCUUUAUGAUUAUCAACGCCCAUGGAGGUCAUACUACAUUAAAGUCCCGAAUGAUCCGUGGCGUGGUGACGUAUCCUGGUAUUCGAUGUUUCGUGAUCCCAGCCCUCAACUUGUUUCUGGGCUGAAUGAAGUGGAGAACGUAAUGUACUCAAGUGUUUGAUGCUAUGGCCUCGCUACUACAGUGGGCAUCAUUGCCAUUGCGGAUGCCCGAUGAAAGGCCCAUUUAUUUAUUAAAAGACUGGAGGGAUUUCAAGAAGAGUAAGCCCGUCGCAGAGCGUCAACGCUCUGUCAAACAGUUCAUCCUGCGUGCCGCUGACCUUCGGGCUUGGGCCGUCUGGGCAAUGUUCCAGUUCAUUGAUACCCUUGCUGCUGCUCACGGGCUAUCCCCGCCUCGUUUUCAUGUCGACCAUCAACAGUCAGGCUGUACGAUUUACAUGUCAAACAUGGCUCCCGAUGAGACAUAUCAAUUAGGAGAGCAACUGGAACAGAUGAUUCGUCAUGGCACUCCAGUUUACAUUGUCGAAAGCUGUCCUUUACCUCCAAACACGAGCACUCAUCGUAUGGCGGAAUCGCUCUGUGUGGCGUUUGAGCCUGCCUCACAAUGCAUGUCCGUACAUGCCUAUUACCGUGUCCUUCAUAGAGACAUUCACCACCCAGAAGGUUUGAUAUCUGGACUUGAGAGGUCUGAACCUCCCCAUCCUAUCCUAGUUGCGAUUAGUCGAAUUUCGGAGCUGAUGGGCAGGCAAUUCGAACUGGGUGCUCAAUCUCGGACCGCGAUCCUCGCUGUCAUUCAUGAUCUUUUCCCAGAAAGUUUUGAGUUCUUCGCUAAUGCCAAUCCUGAACCCGAAGCCAAUGAUGAAGAAUGUGGUCCCAUCGUGUGCAGAGUUUCUAGAGAGGAAAUUGAGGAUGUUUUGGAUUUUGGGGGACGAUUCCAGGCGGCAUUGCCGCCGCCGGAACAUGUUUAUGAAAACCUUCCGGGCGGCAUCGAAUGUUACGAAUGACUCGAGAGGCAACACCUACAGGAGGAGAGAGAUGCUU